UUGAAGGCGAAAGGAUCCACACUAAAAUCUACAACCAACCCCCCCUCCAAAAAAAACAAACAAAAAAAACAAACAAAAAACAUGGGACGUAAAAGGAAGAGUAAAACACCAGCCAACAGGAGACAAGAGAGCAACAGCAGCAUGAUGUCACCAAGCACAGAGUCUGUUGAGGACAGCAGACCAAGGAAAAGGAAAAAAGCUGCAGAUGAGACCCCCAGGAGACGGAUCAUGGUCUCUCAAAUGGCUGGAGCCUGCACAAGCUGCCAGGUUCCGAACAGAGCCAUGAAGAGAUUUAGGAGUAACACCACAAAGGAGGCAAAGGAAUCUUCACCACCGGCCAAGAAGAAGAAGAAGGGACUCCUGCAGCGGUUCCUGACCAAAGAGAGUCCAUCCUCCUGGGACAUCAGCUCAGAGUCAAGCAGCUUCAGUCCGGCACUUUGCAGCACAGGAGUAGGAGAUUUAAGAAAGAGGAAUCUGAGGAGGAAGAAGACUGAAAUGAUGGAGAUGGACGAAGAAAGAGAGGACUCUCAAAGUGACUUCCUCGAAAAAUAUAUUGAGCUGGAUCAACUGGGAGAAGGAGGCUUUGGAUUCGUGUUUGCUGGAUAUCGGGUAGAGGAUAAAUUACCUGUGGCUAUCAAGCGCAUCCCAAAAGAGAAUGUGGUCAUCAAACAUAAGGAUGAGAAUGGCAGGGAGCUGGCCAUGGAGGUGGCUGUCAUGCUUGAAAUGAGGAGCCUAAGCAGUUCACUGGGGCAUUCAGCCUUCGUGACCCUGCUGGACUGGUACGAUCUGGACGAACACCUCAUCAUAGUGAUGGAGAGGCCCAUGCCUUCUGACAAUCUGUCAGAUUACCUUAUGGAGAACAAAGGUUGCCUUAAGGACAAGGAGGCUAAGAUCAUACUGAAACAGCUAGUAGAAGCAGCGCUCUACCUUCAGAAUGCAAACAUCUUCCACAGGGACAUUAAGGUGGAAAAUAUCCUGAUUAAAACCUCUGCAGAAGGUCUACAAGUCUAUCUGAUAGACUUUGGUUUAAGCUGCUUUGAUGACAGACGAGAACAUGAACUUUUCUGUGGUACUCCUGACCACUUCCCACUGGACUGGUACGUUAACGCUAACUACAGGGCUGGACCUACAACUGUGUGGCAGCUGGGUGUGGUCCUGUAUGAAAUAGUCCACAGGCAUCAGUUCCAGACUUCAAACUUCCUCUCAAAAAAGCUGAAGAUCAGCAAAAGGCUCUCCAAGAACUGCCAAGAUGUUCUGACAAAGUGUCUGAUGGUUGACCCUGUGGAACGUCCCACCCUGGAACAGCUGCUGGGCCACCCGUGGUUUUUGUAG